AUGGCGUCUCAUGCUGCGAUGCUUCUGAAUCCCAAGGGCUCCAAAAGACAAGCUCAAAGCAAUGGUAAUCCUCCCUUUUCUUCUUCCCCAGCGAGUGAUUUGCCUCCCAUGGAUGCUGUCGAUAUGCCCCGCGAGGUUGUCCCGGACAACUCUGAGUCUAUGAAUUAUUCUCCUGCGCUUCCUUCUCCUGAUUCUCUUGGUUAUUCUUCGCAUGCUUCUUCGCCCCCUUGUGUGGCUACAAUGGAUACCUCGGCCACGCCUAGAGACCUUCUUGACGCACCUGAGGCUCUUGUCCAUCUUGACACCCAGAUGGAUACUCGGGACAUGUGUACAAACAUGAUGCAUCCAGCUGAAUCUUGUGUCGCUUCUACCCCUCAGAUGGAUACAUCGGUUAUGCAUGCGAAGUCUCUUGGCCCGAACCCCAUGAUUCUCGACCCCACGGAUUCCCAAGGCUUACUUUUGGAAGGUCUAGGAAAAAAACAGGGAAAUGGUUCAUCUCCUGCCUCUCCCAUGGCCCCCACAGGCACUGCAGCCGCUACACACUUUCAUGAACCCACCAUUCACACCUCUCCAAGUGUGCCGUCGGGAGUCUCAACCCCGGCUGUGAAGUCUGAAUCCAGUCUGGCAGUGCAGUUCAGCACCACCCAUGAUGAAGACAACGAAAGCGACACCAAAAGAAGUCACCACGAGAUGACUGAUGAGGAGGAUAUUGUCCACCGACCCAAUUUGAUCGAAGACAUCUAUGGCGUUGAAAAGCGGAAGAACAAACUAACGAAAAAAAUAAAAACUGAGCAUGACGUGGAAGAGAAACCGAACAUGGCCACAGCGCAGGUCUCGAUCUCUGGAGAUAGCGGGCUUGGGAAGUGGAUGAAAGAGGAGGAUGCGAAACCAACCCCAAUCUCCACUACACCCAGCGUUGUGGAUUUGACAGCAGACCCUGCGGAUACACCUAAGGACGAUGACGAAGUCCUAUGCACUGGUUCAACAGAUCUCAGCACCCAGCGUGUCUGCUUCGGUAAAGUCGAAAAUGCACUGGUUUGUGCCCAUACGGUCCCAAAACCAGGUGCCUCCGUAUUUACCGACUGGUCGCACGCUUGGCCGUCAAUCAAAUUAGAGCUGCAACGCCAACCGGUUCAGGGAAAUUUUCAGAUUGAGGUCGCGGACCCCCACGGUAAAGUUUUCGGUACAAUUGACCCUAAAACGGCGCGAGGACUGGUUCCGCUCAUGGACUCCAAAAUGAACACCAUCGAAGUGACGGGCUUAUUAGAUAUCCGGAGAGCCUCGCCCAAUGAAGUAAUUUGGGCUCCUAUCUCAGGGAUGUGGCGUGCAACCCUCAAUAUCUAUGGCCAAAGAAAGCACGCAGAGGCUGUCGGGAACUUCCUAUCCCACCGCAACAUCUGGCUAGGAACUCCGAAUUCCGUGGACAAAGGAACUACUGUGUUCAAUCCACACGCGGAGAGCCGUCGCCAACUUGCCGCCGCAACCGCUGCCGCCAACAACGCCGGGCGGUCUCGCCCAGGGCCAACCGUCCGAUAUGAAGCGCGAACUGUCGAAGAAGCCAAUGAUGCAGUCAUGAAAAUGUUCGACCAGCUCGCUAACGCCAACAUUCCGACGAUGGAGCCGUCUCAUCACGUCAUCACACCAAUGCUGCAUCACCAAAAGCAAGCGCUUUGGUUCAUGACAGAGAAAGAAAAGCCGCGCAAAUACGGCCGAAAAGAAGAAGAUAACAAUUCCUUGUGGCGAAUGGAACGUACACCUAAUGGGAAGACUCAAUACCGCGAAAUCAUCACUGGAAUGAUCUCAGAGCAAAAGCCCGAGGAGGCUCUAGGGGGCUUGUUGGCCGACAUGAUGGGCCUGGGAAAGACCCUGAGUAUUCUUUCGUUAAUCACGUCAUCGCUUGGGUUAGCUGAAGACUGGACUGAGAUGGCUCCUGAUCCUGCCCUUGUUCGCCAAGUUCCUGGAAUUCGCAACACACGGACAACACUAUUAGUUGUUCCGUUGAGUGCAGUCAGCAACUGGACGACACAGAUCACAGACCAUCUUAAGCCACGCUCCAUUAGCUAUUACAUCUUCCACGGUCAAUCGCGCAUCACUGAUUCCAGCCUGCUUUCCGAGUACGAUAUCAUUAUCACGACAUACAGCACCAUUCUCAGCGAGAUCUCAGGGCGUGGCGCCAAAAAAGGAAAACUCAGUCCUUUGGCGAAAAUGAACAUGUUCCGGAUUGUUCUUGACGAAGCUCAUAUCAUCAGAGAACAAAAUGCGGCACAGACCAAGGCGAUUCUUGGGCUUAACUGCGAGCGUCGGUGGUCUGUUACUGGAACCCCAAUCCAAAACCGCAUGGAAGAUCUUCUCUCUGUGACCAGGUUUUUACGGAUCACGCCAUACGACCAAAGAAGCCAGUUUUCCCAACACGUAUCUAGCCCGGUGAAAAAUGGUGAUCCCAAUGUGCUUGCCAGGUUGCGAGUUCUCGUGGAUUCAUUCACCUUGCGCAGAGUCAAGGACAAAAUCGAUUUGCCGCCCCGGACAGACAAUGUCAUCACACUGAAAUUUACCGAGGAAGAACAGCAAUUGCAUGACUUCUUCCGCGCAGAAUCAAAUGUCAUGAUGAAUGUCAUUGCCGGUGAGCACAAACGCACGAUGGGUGGCCGGAUGUAUCACCAUGUUUUGAAAGCCAUGAUGAUUCUCCGCCAAGUCAGUGCACACGGGAAAGAGCUUCUUGACGCUUCAGACCGGGCGAGAGCCAAGGGAUUUUCUGUCAACGACGCAAUUGACUUGGAGGAGGGCGAACCGGACACAACCCCGGCAGCCAUGGACAAGAAGGCAUAUGAAAUGUUCGCCUUGGUUCAGCAAGCCUCAACCCCCCGAUGCUGCACUUGUAAUCGAGAACUCAAUGAACCUUUGAAUUCAAUGGGGGCUGUCGCCCGUGACUCUCCGAUGGCUAUUGUCCUACCAUGUUUCGAUAUUUUCUGCCCCGAUUGCUUCUCUGGCUGGAAACAAGCAUUCGAUUCGAGUCCCGACACCCAGAUCCCUUGUCCCAGGUGCGAAGGCUGGAUUCACUUGAGAUACUCGACCAUCACACCUGCUGGCUUUGAAAAAUAUGUGGCCCAACAGGAAAAUAACCGGCAAACCCGGAAGCUGGGCAAGAAUCUGGGCGAAUACGAAGGACCACACACCAAAACGAUUGCACUAGUCAACUACCUCAAGGAAAGUGUUGAAGACAGCAAGAAGCUUGAAGGCGAGUCGCCUAUCAAGAGCGUUGUGUUCUCUGGAUGGACCUCGCACCUGGAUCUUAUUGAGAUCGCCUUGCAGAACAAUGGGCUUGACGGGUAUACCAGACUUGAUGGUACCAUGGGCAUUCCAGCACGCACCAAGGCGCUCGAGGAAUUUGCUAAGAAUGACAAUAUCAAAAUUCUUCUGGCAACCAUUGGUGCGGGUGGUGUGGCUCUGAAUCUAACCUCUGCGUCGCGUGUUUUUAUCAUGGAGCCCCAGUACAACCCAGCUGCCGUUGCUCAAGCGUUUGACCGUGUUCAUCGUCUCGGCCAAAAACGCCCUGUGCAAACCUACCAAUUCGUCAUGAAGGGCAGCAUUGAGGAGAAGAUAAUGGACCUCGCCAGGAAGAAGCAAGAGAUGGCCGAUACGAGCCUGAAUCGUGUGAAGCAAAGCAAGCGAGAGACCCAGGAAGAUCGCAUGCGUGAAUACCGCAAUCUUUUCAAAUAG